GAGAGUAAACCUUUGAAGAAGAGUGCGAAUUGACGGACAGUAAUUUUGGUUUCAAGUGGAAGUGGAAAAUUUAAGUAAUUAAAGCAUAUGAAAAACAUUGCAAAGUAAAAAUAAACACAAAAAGUGCUUUAAUAAACUAAAUUUUAAAAUAAAGAUACAUUUUAUUGUCUGCAUUAUUUUGAGUGAGUCUUGUAUGAACAAAUUUUAAUCGGAUAUCUUUCCUUGAGUUUCAUACCUUGACAUAAGGGAGCGGUCAGUCACACCAAUAACUGCCUUCAGUUUUAAUAAGUACGAAAUAUAGUUAAAGCCAAAUGGAGUUUUGAUGACAAAUAUACUCUUAUCUCAACUAAGAAACCAAUCACUCGUUGGUAUUCUACAACUAAGAACAUUUUAUGUGAAUAACUUAAGAUCGUGCGGAAGUAUGUAUGUGGCAUAAGGGUUCAGAUUAAUGCAGGCUUUUUAGGGCGGCAUUCCGUGUUAGUCCGUAAUAACAGCAAGUAAAUUUAUGUGAUGGCCCCAUUUAAACUUAAAUUCCGAAUGGGUGGCUCGCGUAGUACAUCACAAGAGCACGAUCCAGAUCCACAAGUAAGCGAGGCGCUACUCAAUCAUCAUCAACAUCACUCGACAGCAAUUGGUGCCAGUAGUUCCACCAUCGACUCGACGGACUGUACCAGUCUCGGUUCAAUGGGUACAAAUGAGCGUAGAUCCUUGCUGCCAAACAAAAGCAACAAUUUACGAUUGGGAUUUAUCGAUCCCAGGGCAACAGCAUGUAAUGACGAGUCCUCAACGGGUUCCAAUACUUUUCCUACAACGCCACCGUCAACUUACGAUCAUAUGCUAGAAGAGUUAAAGGUUAUCACCCGUGAAGACGGUUCAAUUAAUAGACGAAGAGAUUCCUUAAACAACUCAAGUAACAACAUACUUUUGUUGUCGCUGGAUCACCUCUCUCUAAGCGAGAAUACAACAAUUCAAUGUACAGACCCUAAUUGCCAGGAGAAUUAUAUAUGCAACGAGCAACUCUUGCAACAACGACAGCAAAACGAAUCCUUAAAUGAGCGCAACAAUUUCAAUGAAUUUGCAGAGCAAUCACAAACAUUAAAUCAAAAUCUGCUAAACAACGAGGGCGACAAUUCCGAAGACGACACUCGCAAAGAGUCAAUUGACUCCACAGAACUUUUGAUAUCAACGAAUAUGGCGGCCUCAACAGCAGCAGCAUCAACAACUCACAACAACCCGAAUCUUAUGGGGAAUUGUACCGGUGACUGUGAGCAAUGUGAAUCGGGCCAUUACAGCGAGGAAUGCACGGAUGAGUGCAACACCGGCAACAAUGGCCAAGGCAAUAGUGGACUAAACAGCAAUGACUUCUUCGACCCACUUAUCAACCAUAGCGGAUACUGUGGAGAAUCACAUUACAAUCAAGAAAAUGGCGAAAAUCAACUGCAAAACGAAUGCCAAGGCGGUCGAUGCGAUAGUGACAGCGAUGACGGUUGGAGUACGCAUCAGCAAAUGUCGAACAGUCAUAGCUAUAAUCAUCAGCAACAACAACAAAUGCAAUCGCAAACUUUCGAAUAUAGCAACCAACAUGCGGCACAGGAACGCUCCGUCACACAGGAAAUAAUUAGCAACAAAUCAUCAAAGGAAAUAUACAAAGAUUUAGCCAAACAGUGGGGCAUAACGUGCAAGAUGUCAGACGCCUGUCGUUGCAUGGAGUGUCAGGGUCAUUAUUUCGAUUGUGAAUUCGAUGACAAUGAGCAUCAGAAAACGGAUGGCGGACUGGGUGCAGGCACACCAAUGUUCAUCAGUGAAGUGAUGCAUGGUUCCGCAUGCAAUAUACUCUAAGCUCGCCGACUUUGAGCACAGUUCUCGCACGAGACUCUGAGGAAGUGUCUAAGAGAUUUAGCAAGUGUAUGCACUUUGAACGUACACACAUACAUACACUAUACAUAGGCAAAAUUUUCAGAUGUACGUUCUUGAAAGCAACGGACCAUAUGUCUAUACUGAAUAACUAAAUAUGUAGUUAAGUACUGAUUAUAAAAUAUUUGGCAUGGACGCCGCUGCAACAAUUGCCGUACAGGCACCGAAAUAAAACACACACAAACACACACACUACACACAUAUAUAUUGUAUUUUUAAUAUUAAAUGUUGUAGUCAAUACAUAAUCAACGUAACAUUAUUGCACUACAAGUUUUAUUAGAACUGAAAACGAAUCGCACUGAUUAUCAAAGUUUAUAAAAGAAUCAAUACUAAGAUAUAGUGAAUAUUAGAGAAGUUAAAUAUAUUGUGUUUGUAAUGCCGUUAUAAGGAAUUAACAUUAAGAAGUGUUACAUGUUUAUCUACAAAGUAAUGAUUUAUGUUAGGGGUAUUCAUCUGAACGUUUAAAUACCACCCGAAAAAAACCCCAAAAAAACCCCCUAAACUAACGAGCUCACAAAACAGUUGCGUAAAUUUAUAUGAGAAGUCGUUUUUACUAAUUGUGUAGGUUAAAUCUAUGAUUUCAGUGCGUAAAUGUAAGCGAAGGCAGAAAGCAACCCUGUCUAAUGGAAUUUAAAAAAAUAUCUCUCGAGGUGGAUGCAUGUAAACGCUUAAAUUUCAGCGUUUCGUAAAUUUCAAUAUUUAGAUCAAUACUCCUAUUAUAUAUAUUUUCCGUAAAAACUUGUUACUCGCAACGCAAAAACUACAAUAAAUAUUUCAUUAAAUACUCAGUACUUGGGCAUAAAAAAAUGUUGACCUUUAUAUAUGAAACCUGCAUCAGUUUCGGGAAAGUACCGCCCAUUUCAUACUUCGACGUUUGUCUGAGCUGUGCAUAGUACGGCCCCAUAAGACAAAGGAAAGUACCUAUCAAUUAUAGAUAAACAUUUAUAUAUGUUUUCCUUUAACUACUUGUGGAGCAUAAUGCGUCAAAUUUGACGAUUCGUUAGCAAUUAUAACUCGAAUAAGUAAGUUGCUAGCCCGCCUAUCCUAGCUUGAUGAUAGUUAAGCAAACUACCUACACCUUCCAGUAGGUGCUGCCUGUUUUGGUCCGCGAGUGGUAUUUUAUUUCCCACCUACCUUGCAUAUCUGCCGAGCCUUCCCCUAUGCGCCACCUGGGGACGCGACUGAUGGGAGGCAGGCAAAUCCACACACCAAAUAUAAAGCGAAACUUUAAUGAAAUUUAAAUGCGCAAAUUUCCAUAAAUGCAUAAAGCAGCAGUAACCCAAAUUAAGUGAAAUUAACAGUACAUAAAUAAAUUGUAUUCCUCUCACUUCUGUGCAGGAAAAACACUUAACAGCACUUUUGCUGUAAAAACACGCACAUAUUUUUGUAAAAUCAAGGCGACAUCUUUUUUCGACAUAACAUUUCUUGGGCAAACAUGCCAUUCGUGUGCAAAACUUCUCGGAAAAUCAAUUAUAAUUAUGUCUCUCGAAAGGCGACUUGUAGAGUCGUGGUGGGGCUUUCUUUCAUAUUGUACAGCUCUCUUUCCAUUUGUACAGCUUUUAAAUUGUAGAAAUGCACUUGGCGACGAUUUUUCGUUGUCUUACUAGGGCAGCCGAUUUAAAAGAAAAAAAAACUUUUUCUACUGAUAUAUUAUAAUUUAAUAUUUCGUCUCCGCAAUGAGCUUUGAAUACAAAAUCAAUCAUUGACCAUAUUGUCACGUGAGGUCUUAACCCUUUAACUGUUUAUGGUGAGUAUACUCGUCACAACGAAACGAAAUUGUUUCGCAUAAUGUCGAGUAUACUCGUGGUGAAAAUAAAAAAAUCGCAUUCGUAUUAUUAUUCAACGAAUAAACUGUAAUUUUUUCCCCUGAAAUGAGGGCGAAUAAAGCUCUUUUAAAAAAUGUACGUUUCACAAUAUUUGUUAGUCUGGCAAUCUUAUUUAUUUUAUUUUUAUUUGUAUUAAGGUGAAAUUACAAAUUCUGGGGAUUUUUAUGAUUGAUUUUUUCAAAAAAAAGCUUUUGUAUGCAUUUCCAUUAAACUAUUCUGUAAAGUUAAUGAACUAUUCUGAUAUUCGGAUAAACCUUCAAAUACACCUCGACUUGGUCGUCCAGCUUCAACUACACUUUUACGAUUACUUGGAAAGCAUUUUCCUGACUUAUUACCAAGCACAAAAGCAAAAUCAAAUCCUACACGCAGAUGUUUAUACUAUUCAAAAAGUAAAAUUAGACGAGAAUCCAGAUGUUGCCCUCAAUUAAAAUUUUUUGUUUUAUAACUUAGAUUUCUUGAAAUUCAUUUGGUCUUUUAUUGCUUCUGUUUUGAUUCCUAGGUUAGGUGAGGUUAUUUCUGGUAGACGGUCUGUACGCCCAAGGUCUUACAGGUCCGUUGUGAUAUCACUGUGCGUCACGUGAACCUCAUUUAUUUUUCUUCGUGGAACCAUUUUGUGGCUCUUAUGAGGCGCAGGAUUGAUCCAGAUAGUUUCAUAAGAGAAUUGAAAAAAUUUUUACCUAGAAAACCUGCUCUAACUUUAGCUAAGGCUGGUCGUGCUCAAUUGUUCCUUCCUCUUCCUCAUCUCUAUUACCAUCGCAUUUCUAUAAAGCCUUAAUUUUAUCUCUAUAUGAUAUAUUUUUUAUCAAUGAAAUAAAAUUUUUUUAUUAAAAACGAAUACAAAUAUUUUUUUCUAACAAAAAAAACAAACCGCCACGUUUGAUUUUUAGUCGAUAAUUUUAGAGGCAGAAACAUUUCACUCCGUUUAUGUCGAGUAUCCUCUUCUUCGCUGGAAAAUAAUUAAGAAGGCAGUAAAAAAAUUUUUCGAAACAAAAUUAAACAGUUAAAGGGUUAAGCGAAUUUGCCUUACAUAGGUUUUGAUCAACCCAUCGAUAAAGUACAUAAUAAAAACACAGUUUAGAGCAACGUUGCAGCAAUUCUUUAAGAUAAUAUUGUAAUAAAAUGCAUAUAAAGUGUGCAUUAACUAUAGUCGGUGCAAGUUAGACUCGAUAUAUCGCUAUUUGGAUUUACCACUGUUUAUAUACAUAUAUGUAUGUAUAUGUAAGUAUAUAUAAUUGGUGCCUACACCCUCUAUUGGGUAUUUGACCGAACUUCUCCUCCUCGGAGAUUUUGUCAUUGCCUGACGAAGAGCGACCGCUAUAAGAAAAAAAGGUUCAAUACAGUUAAAUUUCAGAGUAACGAGUGGUUUAUACUCGUAAUACGAAAGCAUAUUGACGUGCGUGCACAUGCAUAGUAAAAUACGAGAUUCUUUUUUUCAUUUUUCAUUUGUAAAUUCGCCUGUAUUAUUUCUUCAAUGAAAGCAAAAUAGUUUUUUUUCCACUUUAGCAACUUUCGUAACUGCAAGCCGUGCAAAAGUGUAUACUUGCACUCAAUGAUGAUAGUAUUCAAUUCGCCUUGACUUGUGCUCGUGUAUACAUACAUAUGUACAUACGAGUAUGUAUUAAGAUGUGUCUCAUGAUAUAUAUUUUGUUUCGACAACGUCUCUGUGUGCAUAUAUACGAAUUCUCCUUUGUAGCUAACCUGAAGAUUGACAUACAUACUUACAUAAUUACAUACGCCUAUGUAUUAAAUAUGUAGAAUAAAAGACUUUUACACUAAAAUGCCUUUUCUUUAGAAUAAAAACGUUUUUACAAAAAAAAAAUUAAUAUAAUUCGAGCUCCAAGUUUUACGUUAUUUAACUUAUUAUGCAAAAUUACGAAUAAGUAUGAGUGCUUCAGAAAAUGAAAAAGUAUAUGUUCAUAGGAAAGUUGAAAGAUAACAGAAUACAAGUCACUCAAUGUUUUAGUAUUUUCUAUCAUUUUAGUAAGUAAUAAAAAUACUCAUACAAUUUAUGUACGUAAAUGCAUGCGUCUCUUCAUAAUUUAAAUGAAUGAUGAUUUCCUUGCAUUUAUUUGAAAUAAAACGUAUUAAAUAAAUA